ACUUAAGGCAGAAAAAAAUCCCCUCAAAGGGCGGAGCCACGAGGAACUUGCUGUACAAAUUCUCCCUGAACCUCAGUGUUCACUCUGGUAAAAGGUCUACUCUUCACUCUUGUUACUUGAAGCUGCUGGAAUACACCAAAAGCCUGGUCAGGUGGUAUUGACAUAAAAAUGGACUCUACUUCUCAUGAGUUACCAAUGAGGACCUUGGAGCGCAUUGCCUCUCAGCUUGGAUGCAGUCUCACCGAUGAGAAGCUUGCUCUGUACUUGGAUGAACAGGAUGAGCUAAAACACUUCCGAGAAAGUUUCCAUAUUCCAGAAAUGAAGGAUCUACCUUUAAUUGAUCUGUCUUUAGUAAAUAAAGAUGAAAAGUCCAUCUACUUAUUGGGAAAUUCUCUUGGCCUUCAACCAAGAAAGGUUAAAACAUAUUUGGAAGAAGAAAUGGAAAAAUGGGCCAAAAUGGGAAGUUAUGGUCAUGAAGUAGGAAAACGUCCUUGGAUUACAGGAGAUGAGUGUAUUGCACAUCUUAUGAAUAACAUUGUAGGAGCUCAUAAGGAUGAAAUAGCCCUAAUGAAUGGCCUGACAGUUAAUUUGCAUCUCCUACUGUUAUCGUUUUUUAAGCCUACACCAACCAGAUUUAAAAUUCUUCUAGAAGCCAAAUCUUUUCCUUCUGACCAUUAUGCAAUUGAGUCACAACUGCAGCUUCGUGGGCUAGAUGUGGAGAAAAGCAUGCUGAUGAUAAAACCAAGACAGGGGGAGGACACCUUGAGAAUGGAAGAUAUCCUUGAAGUAAUUGAGAAGGAAGGAGACUCUAUUGCUGUGAUCUUGUUUAGUGGAGUGCAGUUCUACACUGGGCAACUGUUUGACAUACCUGCAAUCACAAAAGCUGGACAAGCAAAGGGUUGUUUUGUUGGCUUUGAUCUGGCCCAUGCAGUUGGUAAUGUUGAGCUUCAUUUACAUGACUGGGGAGUAGAUUUUGCCUGCUGGUGUUCCUACAAGUAUUUAAAUUCAGGAGCAGGAGCUCUUGCUGGUGCCUUCAUUCAUGAAAAGCAUGCACAUACGAUGAAACCUGCGUUAAUAGGCUGGUUUGGUCACAAACUUGAAAGUAGAUUUAAUAUGGAUAACAAGCUGGACUUAAUCCCAGGUGUCAAUGGAUAUCGACUAUCAAAUCCCCCUAUUUUGUUGGUUUGUGCCUUAGAAGCUAGUUUAGAGAUUUUUAGUCAAACAACAAUGGAAACAUUAAGGAAAAAAUCUAUUUUGCUUACUGGUUAUAUGGAGUACCUGAUCAAGCACUACUACAGUAAAGAUAAAGCAGCUCCAAAUAAACCAUUUGUGAAAAUAAUGACUCCCUCCCAUAUAGAGCAUCGAGGAUGCCAGCUAACACUCACCUUUUCCAUUCCAAUGAAAAACGUUUUUCAAGAACUAGAAAAGAGAGGCGUGAUUUGUGACAAGCGGGAACCAAGUGGCAUUCGAGUGGCUCCAGUUCCUCUCUACAAUUCUUUCCACGAUGUUUACAGAUUUAUUAAUGUUCUUGCCUCUGCAAUUUCUGCUGCAAAACUAAAAUGAACAAAUCUAUUUUUAGCUCAACAAGCCUAAUUAUAUUUGUCUCUUCUGUCACUUCCUGGCUAUUUCUGAUUCUAGCAAUGUAGUCCUUUAGAAGUGAUGGUGUUAUAUAAAGCCAAUUAUAUGGAAAAGAAAAAAGAUGUGUUGGGAUUUUUGUAAGAGACCUUUGUCAUCCUUCUUAGGAGAGCUGGCAUGCUUGCUUAUUUUAUUGGGCCAGGUAGAGGUUAUCUAUUAUCAUUUUGUUUAAAAUAUAGGUUUGUGUUGUCUGUAAGUCAGAUGUUGCCAUCUUCACAUUCAGUAAAAUGUUGUGAGUUGAUUUCAAAUACAAGCUGAGGGAUAGUUUCAGAUUUUUUUUAAUCAUCGACUUCAAUUCUGAUGGCCGUAGAGCUUUUGUUUCAGAAGUAUAGUUUUAAUUCCCGUUUAUCCAAGAGUUAAUGUUCAGUAUGUCUUUCAGUAGCAUUGAUACAUGCUCAAGCACUUUAGCAAUGGCCCUCCUAGUUUCAAAAUAAGGAAAAGGAAGUAUGCUUUCCACUAUGCUUUCCCUUAUCUCUGUAAUACCUUUUCUUUCCCCGCUCAUACUGUGUAAUUCUGCCUUUUAACUUGAUCAUCCCUUGACCUCAGUGUCCGGAAAAGACCUGAAAAUAAUUGCAAGUCUAUUUUCCCUUUCAGUAUCUAUUCCACUCUAUCCUUAAAAUGUGUUAGGGGUUGAAAAGCAAGAAGGGAGUGAAAGGAGGGGGUAAGAGGGAAGUGAGCCUGAAAUAUUUCAGGCAGAAAUUGGGGAGGUUGGAAAACAAGCAUACUCUUGCCCUGUAAUUCCCAAACAUGCUCCAACUACAUUUAACUUUUUCAGAACUUUUCCUCGGUAAUUGCCUCUGAUUCCUAUCUUUAGUGUACAAUAUUGGAUGCAUAAUUAUUUUUUAGGGAUGUUGAAGAAUACAUUGUAUCCAUGGACAGCAGCAAGAAACUGGAGAGGGGUGGAAGAAUGGUCUGGAAUGCAUCCUCAUAGCUCCUAUUUUAACAACUUUGAAUGUACUGUUCUUCUGGUCCAGAUGGGAAAAAAUUCUUAGUAGCAAUCAGUGAAGAGAAACAGGCUCUAAGUGCUUGGCUACAAAAUAGCUUUUGCAACCAUUUCCACUAUAACUGGGUCAAAACUACAUCUAUGAGGUCAGAAGAAUCUUCAGAACAUGCAAAUGUGUCCUUCACUACUUCACACUACUUUGUGUAAUUUCUUAAAUAUUUUAAAAUUGGACAAUUCCAUUCCUUCACAGGACAAUUUUUUUGUUUUUAUUUUUAGUAGUGAUUUGUUUUUUGGUUUUGUUUGUUUUGGGGGGGGUCGUUAGAGAUGAGAUUUGACAUUUUUUUCAGAGAACGCUCAGCAUAGAAGCUCCUUUUGUGGAUACAAAGUGCUAUUUCAUCUGUUCCAUUUAUUCUUAGAAUUUCUAACUAAGAAAUUGUUAUUUACUCAUAAUUACAGAUAGAAUGUGUCAAAGGCGGGACUUGAAUCCAUCACCCUAAAAUGAAAUCUCUAAUUCGAAUUCA